AUGUUCAAAAACUGUAUUCGAACUUAUUCCACCUUAAUAUGUAUUUCUCAAACGAAAUAUCUCACAAAUACAAAUAAAAUUAAAUUUUUACAAAAACCAAAUUACUCGAAGCAAUUUUCAACCACUUUAACAAAAAAGAAUGUUAUAAACGAAAAUUAUAAAGUAUAUUCUGGACCAUUAUCUGGCACAGCCAAGAAAUUAAAGGUUUUUUCUAUGGCUUCUUUAAUUAUUACAAUUAUGAUAAGUCCAAUCAUUAUGAUCGUUGACGCACCUAUGGGAUUAGGAGCUAGAACUUUUUUGCUUGUUACAACAUUAUCAACGAGCGCGGUUUCAACAGGAUUAAUUCAUUUGUGUCUUUCUCCAUAUGUUAGAAACAUUUAUCACAAACCAUCAACCUUAAAAAAUCCUUCAACAUCCGAAAGUUCUUCAGCACAAAUCACGCCCGAAUCUUUUUUAACAAUUGAAACUCUCACUUUGUUUUGUAGAUCAAACUUUACAACUUUACCCGUGAAGUCACUUGAACCUUCUUUUAGGUUUUUUACUACGUGGAAACCGUCUAAACUAUUUUUCGGCACUCUCAUGAUGUUGGUAUUGUCAGCUACGUUCGCCUUUGCUCAAAACGAAGUAGCCGAACACGUCGAAGGUGAAGAUGCAUGUGCAGCGAAGGAAUUCGAUAAAGCUACUUACAAUUUGAAACUCCACGUUGGUGCCUUUUUUAUCAUUCUUGUUACGAGCUCGUUCGGAGCGUUCGUUCCUCUCAUCUCAAAGAAACGCCCAGGUCUUAGAAUACCUGGCUGGAUCUUCUUUUUUUGCAAAAAUUUUGGAACCGGGGUUAUUCUUGCUACGGCUUUUAUUCAUAUGUUACCUUCGGCUUUUGAAAUGUUAUCUAAUGAAUGUUUGCCUACAAUCUGGCAUGAUUAUGCAUGGGCUGGACUUAUUUCAAUGAUAGCGUCAUUAACCAUCUUUUUUAUUGAAUACACUGCUUUGAAAAUUACUACUAAGGGAUUGGACAAUAAAGACAUUUUACCAACGCAUAAAAGUGAUCCUAUUUCGGAACCUUCUAAAGAUGAUAGUUCUUCUAUUCAUAAUCAUGGAACUUUAGUUUUGUUAACCAACGAAACUCAAACUAUUGGAAUCAUUGUUUUAGAAGCUGGAAUUUGCCUCCAUUCAGUUAUCAUCGGAAUGGCCUUAUCUGUUUCAACUGGUUCGGACUUUAUUUCUCUUCUUAUCGCCCUAGUCUUUCAUCAGAUGUUCGAAGGACUUGGUCUUGGGUCCAGAAUUGCCGAACUUGAAUAUCCUCAAGGUAGUUUCAAACCUUGGCUCAUGUCUUUUGCUUAUGGCAUGACAACCCCUAUCGGAAUCGCCAUUGGUUUAGGUGUACAUGAUACGUAUAAUCCUGAAUCCAAAUCAGCGCUUAUAGUUCAAGGUGUUCUUGAUUCUAUCUCUGCUGGUAUCUUACUUUACGCUGCUUUGGUUGAAUUGCUUGUCAAUGAUUUCAUUAAUGAUCCAAAAUUCCAUAAGAAAUCUAUCGCUCAUCAAUGUUCAGCAUUCUUCAUUUUCCUUUUGGGAGCUGGAAUGAUGUCUUUGAUCGUUAGAACUUCAGUUCUUAAAUGGACUAUUUAG